AUGCCGCGAUCCUACUCGCGCUCCCGCAGCCCGCCGUCGCGCGGCCGCUCGCGCAGCCGCAGCCGCGGCCGCGGUGGCGGCGGCGGUGGUGGCGGCGGCGGCGGCAGCGGCCCGUUUGGCGGCGGCAACAACUGGGGCCGCAACGAGGACGCCAAGCUGUACGUCGGCUCGAUGCCAAACCACGCGACCGAAGAUGAGAUCCGGGCGGCCUUCUCCAAGUUCGGCACCGUGACGGACUGCUUCAUGCCAAAGGACCGCGAGACGGGCGAGCCGCGCGGAUUCGCCUUUGUCACGUUUGAAGAGACGCGGGACGCGGACGACGCGAUGGCGGCGCUGGACGGUAAAGACUUCAUGGGCCGCACUUUGCGCAUCAACAAGCCCCGCCCCCGCGGCAGCGACAGUGGCUACGGCGGCGGGGGCGGAGGAGGAGGGUACGGCGGCGGGCGGGACGAUCGGCGCGGCGGCGGCGGCGGCGGCGGCGGCGGCGGCGGCGGCGGCGGCUCAUACGGCGGCUUGGCAGUGUGCGGCUCGUCGGGCGGCUCGUACGGCGGUCGCCCUUCGGGCCCGUCGUACCUCGGAGGCCGCGACUAUGGCCGCAAGCCCUCGUCUGACCGGCCGCAGUACGACCGCGUCACCGGCGACCGCAUCAACUAGCGCCGCGGGCGGGCGCAGGGAGGGGCCGCGGCGGCGGUGGAGGUUCGAGGACAUCGUUGGAAUGCCGCACAACGCGAUCGAGCAGUAGAACCGCCACCGCCGCCGUCUGCCACCGCUACCGCAACGCCGUAGCGCAUGUCCAUUGGUCUGAGGUGGGACUCUCUCUGGCCCGUCUGCGGAUGUCUGGUACACCCUCCGGACUCUCCUUCUCCCUCGCCCCCCCCCCCCCCCCCCAAAGUACGAGGACCCCAGCCGCACUCUGGUGUAUGCCAUCUGUAUUUUUGGGGGGCAGAGGCGAGAGGGCAGGGGCGGCAUCGAUCGCCGCCUAGCGCGCGUGAGGAUAAGUAUUUGAUUGACAAGCAGAGAUU